CUUUAGUACAAAGUUUACAUUUUAACUUGACUCUGGCUUAAUAAGUAACUCCUGAGCGAUCAGUGAGUGGAUCUAAACUCCCUCUGGGCUUGACGGGAGUAAAGCACGAACAAGCUUUGAGGGGAAUAGGGCAGGUAUUGAGUGUGUGAUCAUACAGGUUAUGCAAGGUGGGAGAGGAUCGGCUUAACACCGCCCAUCAGGUGUGUGCAGGCGGAGUGUGACUCACUCUUUCACCACCGAAGAGGAAAGACCCAGGAGAGACGAGGCGUUUGAUUAUUACACCCCCGACUCUCUGCAUUGAUAUUUUUUCCUCCAUGUCUGCAGCGUGUUAACCUACAUGACGCGACUCUCUCACAGGAUCUAACCAGCUCCGAAUAAAUGUUGAAUUAUUAUCCUAUGUGUCGGAUAUGGCCUCUGCUUCUCCUGGGAGGACUCCUGCUGCCAGGGUGGCAAUAUGUCAGCGGAAUAGAAAUUUACACUCCAAGCGACUUGGAGGCAGCCAACGGAACAGAUGUGAAACUGAAGUGCACCUUCACCUCCACUCACCCGAUGUCGGCCAAGUCAGUCACAGUGUCGUGGAACUUCAGGCCCAUGAACUCAGGAGCAGAUGAGUCGGUGUUUUACUACCAGGAGAAAGCGUACCCUCCAGACACUGGGCGUUUUAAAGGCCAUGCAGUGUGGUCGGGGGAUAUAACGCGAGGGGACGCCUCCAUCACCCUGCAUGAGGUGCCCCCGACCUUUAACGGUACCUUCGUCUGCCAGGUGCGCAACCUUCCAGAUGUGCACGGAAAAAACGCAGAGAUCAGCUUCAGAGUCGUCGACAAAAUUACUCUCACUGACAUCAGCAUCCUGGCGAUCAUCAUCGGAAGCGCCUGUGGCGUAAUCCUGAUCCUCUUCGCUAUCUUUAUGGCGGUGAAGCUUCACAGGAAACGGAGCAUGGAAAACGACAUCGAGCUGCGCCCAAGGGAGCAAGAGUGGAAGGACCCGACCGUGUGUGCUCCGGAAGAGGCAGUUCAUCUGAAAGUUGUGGCGAAAAAAGAAUCUGAAAGUUCAGAUGAUGAAGGGUCUGAGCCCAGCAGCGGCGAUGACGAUGAGGAAGAGGACGAGGAGGAAGAAGAUGAUGAUGAUGAUGACGACGAUGACGACGAUGACGACGAUGGCGAUGAUGAUAGCGGCGGUGGUGAUGAUGAUUAAAUUGCGAUUGAUAAUUCAUUGUUCACAUGUAAUUUAUUUAAUGUCAAAAAGAGUAUUAGCCUUGUACUCCUGUAACACUGACGGACAGUUUUAAAAGAUGGAACAAAUUCAAUACAGAAGCUUUUUUCUGCCCUUUCUUCUUCGUUGUCAAAACCUACAUUACCCACGAUGCAAUUAGAACACUGACAGUUUGGUUGGCAGAAGCUAAUUUCUAAGCUCAGCAGCAGGGUACUCUCAUUCUACGUUUCAUACUCUUCGGACCCAACCAACACUGACUCAAGUGACAUCACCUGAGAAGAUUUUUUGAAUUUCACACAGCUCUCACAGCAACAUGGGGCUUUAUACAACUUUUAAGAUAUAUAGUAUUACUCAUAAAAUGUAUAAAAUCACUGGAGCUCCCCUCUUUUCUUUGCCUGUUGCAUGGAUGUGGAUUGAUGGAUGAUUAUUUUUGUAAAUGCUCUAUACUUUAACUGUGCUUGUUAGUGCUGAGUUGAUUGUUUCCAUAGAGCUGCUCUUGGGAAAAAAAAUGUGUUGUCUCAGAUCAAUGAGAAAACGAACUAUAGAUUCCGCCAGUUUAAUUUAUUUCUUUGUGAAAACUCACACACAGACACACACACAUUGAAUGUGUAUAUGCUCCACUGCCACACCAGGCCUUUCUGCUGCUCACUUCCUGAAUGCACCGGCUGAGAGUAGACAAAGCCAAAGUUUUUUUAAAGAUAUAUCUUUUAAGUGUGUUUUCUGUCUUUACAGAUGGUUUUAUGUGUUUCUGGAAAGGAAAAGAGAGAAUGGGUGUUUUAGCUUCCAGAAAAUCCAGAGUGAGACGUGUGAGUGAUGAGCUGUUUACUGCCUCGGCCACGCUGAUUUAGUAUUUUGAUCCUGUACAUAAUGUAAAAUAAGCAGAACUUUACACUUUAAAAAAAAUCACAUCCUAUAAUGUUUGUCACCAAAUGUGUCUCUGUUUUAACACUGUAUAAUAAAAUGACUACUUUUGAGA